AUGGGUCCUCCAAGCCCAAGCCACGAGUCGCUACCCUCACCUGGAUCUCAAUCGCAAUUCCAUCUCCAACAGCAACCGAGGACCCAACGGUCACGAGGCGGAUGCCAAACAUGCCGCAUUAAAAAAGUCAAAUGCGACGAGACGCGACCAAUUUGCCGACGAUGUGUCCGCCUGGAAUUGACCUGCGACUAUACGCGUCUCCCUCGCAAAAAGUACACCAGGCGCGUUAUCGCGUCCCCUGCUGCAUCGUCUCCUGCCAACCUGAUCACCAGAACAGAUGCGGCGUCAACACCUAGCGACAGUCUCAUAGGCCGUGGUGAUAAUUCGUAUCUUGGGGAGUUUGGUAGCGGAUCCUUAUCCGAUACUCAGAGUGCAGAUGUCAGUCUACCACCACUGAAUACCACUGCCGACGAUGGCCUGGCACUUGACCUCUCACCCGACUGUGCCGCCAUCCUGUCCCCUUCCGAUCACUCGGCAAUCCACUUCUUCCGAUUUGUCCUUCCAGGAAUGGUUGGCACGCGGAUAUCGAUGCACAGCGGACCUGGGCUGGUAUGGAAGUUGGCGCAGCAGAGUCCUAUGGUUCUUCACAUGGUUUGCGCCGUCAGUGGGCAAACAUGGUCUGAGAAGACGAGCGGCUCCAAGUCAGAUGCCGAAUCCAGACGAUUAAGAGCUAUCCAACACUACAGAGAUGGUUUACAGAUGCUGGCUGUAGCUACGCAGAUCCCUAGCGAGAUAACCUACCUUCCACCUGUCUUGGCUACAUUAUGGCUCAUGCUCUUGUACGAACUCAGGUUUGGGGAUGGGUGCGGUAUUGGCGUUGAUGCGCACCUGAGAGGCGCCACCUCAAUAUUAUUGGGGCGAUCGAGACUCACCACCAGCGACAGUAGUGAUCCUCGUACGUCACAGAUCAUCGAACCUGAGAAUUUCUGUCCUGUCUCUUGCAGAAUACUCGUUUGGCUCUCGCACGCGGAUGGAGGUGCUGUUCUAAAUGGGUUUGGUGGGUAUUUCAACAAUCUCCUGGGAACCUCCUCAGUAGACAUAUCAGAGACUGAAGCAGAAGGUCGCUUGCAACGUGUCAGGCAAUUGCAGAAGCGAUCUGUCCUUGCCAACUACGACCUAUGGGGAAGAUCAUAUCCCCAGACUGAGCUACUGGAGGACAUGCAGUGUAGUGACCUAUCAUGUUUCGACGCCGAGUGUGCUCAGCUGAAGUUCAUGGUCGGGUCUUUAGCAGCAGCUGAGCAUCGCGACAACGUCCCCCACGGUUCGUGGAGACAGUCUGUCGCGGGUGCCAUUCGCAACGUCAGAUCCAGGUUUAUCGAGAUCAAGGAGAGUCAGGUCUAA